GAGCGAAAAAUAUAUUAUCGCAUUUUUAGAUGUGAUUAAGAUGUUGUUUGUAAAGUAUGACAUCAAUUAUUUUUGCUGGGAAUAAAUGAAAAAAUGUGAUUUAAAAAACAAAAUUUUUCAAAACUGGAUUUAAUUUCUUACAAUCCGUUUAGGAGUAAUGAUGCUUAUAAUUUUAACUUGUGGGUUAAUUAUUUCCCAUCAAACAAACAUUUUUUGAAAAAAAUUGCACCUUUAGAUAAUACUAAAUGCUCUUUUGAAGCAUUAUAUUAGCGUGAAAUUAUGCUUAUUCUUAUUUAUUUUUCAUAUAAAAUCAAUUAUUAAAAAAAUCCUAACAAAAUAAAACGAAUUUACUUCCAAAAAAAUAACAUUUAAUAGCACUAAGUAAUUUGUUUACGUUAUGUGGAGUUUAUGUUUAUUGAAUCCAAAAAAGCGAAAAGAAUCCAUUUUUUUUUAAUUGAAGGUACAUAUAUUUUUUGUUCUGAAAAAUUUUGAAUUCAACUAAUUUUAUUUUGGAGUUGAUUAAUAAUAACAUAACAUAUAAUUUAUUUAUUUAUGUCAAUAAUUUUUGAGUAAAAUAUGUACAUAUGUAGCUGCUGGCAAUGACUUUGCAAAUUCAGCAUUCAAAUUUCUUUUUUAUAUUUUGUGAUUAACAUUGUGCACCGAAAACGUGAUUUACAUUUUUAUCAAUAUUGUGCUAAAAUUAAGAAUGUUCGAAUGACGAUUCUCAAUAACAUUGUGGGUUUAUUGCAUAAAUUUAAAAUUUAAACUACCGUUUUAUGUAUUUUAAGAUAAUUUUCUUAAAAAAGUACGAAAUAUGUUUAAUGGUGUAAGAAAUUUAUUAAAAUAAAUCAAGUUAUCCUUGUAAAACAAAAUCCUACUUAAAAAAAUAAAAAUUAUUUACUAUAAAUGUUGUAGAACAUACCCUAUUUAUUUAUUUUUGUUAUUAUUUAAUGCAAAUUAAAACCAGUUUAAAAAUGUUAUUUUUUAUUUUGUCAUCAUCAAUAAGCAAGUGUGAUUUCCCUCAAAAUAACAGCCAAUAGAUAUAAGUGGAGUCAAAGUUGUCAAAUAUAUAAUUGAAAACACGUAACCAUUAACCAAGAUGUAUUUUGAUUUAUUUGUUUAUAAAAAUGUGAAUUAUUUAGAAUAAAAUCAUCAAUAUUUAUUCGUUUUAUUUUAUUUGUAAUAAUAAACUAUUUUAAACAAAUACUUUCAAGAAGUACUGAUUUCACUUUUUCCGUAAAUGUUUGCCUUGUCUGACAAACAUUUACGCUAAAGAAGUAACAGAAAUGGUAACUUCAGUUAAACAAAUAUUUUUUUAGUUGAAUUAAGACUGUGCCUGGAAGAUGACUUCUGAAUUUUAGACAUAGAAACAUGUCUUAUAUGUACAUAUAUCACAUAAAUAAAUAAAAGUAAAAAAGAAAUGUUUAUCUCCCGUAACAUAACACAUACAUAUUAAAAUAUCGAAAUAUAAAAAAACUUUUAAAUGUAAAUAACAUUGUAUAACAAACCAAAAACAAAAUAAAAUUUAUAAAAAAAACUACAUGCGAUCAUUUAUAAUAAUUGAUAUAAAACUGAUUUCAUCAAAAGCUUCAUUGGAGAGAAGUUAACGAGAGAAUUGAUUAUAGUGUAAACUUUAGUUUAAACACAAACUUUGAUGCGAAAACUUAAAAUAAUUUAUUAAGUGUCGUUAAAAAUGGUAGAAUCAUCAGCAAGAUCAAUGUGGAGACAAAUACAGCAAUAUCAGUGGGGAAAGUUUUUUCAUAUGUUUUACAUCGAACCCAUUGUUUUUAUUUUGGUAUUUUCACACAGUUUAUCAGGAACUAUUAUGAGAAAUGAAGUUAUAUAUCAAGCAUGCACCACAAUUUUUCGUUACAACGAAAGCGAUUGCCUGCAAUUAGGAACAAAAAAUGUUACCGGAUACUUGCAGGAAAUCGAAACUGAAAUUCAACCAUAUGUAGCAAAUUUAUUUAUGAUACGAACUCUUUUGGAAAGUAUAGUUCCAGCGAUUUGUGGUGUAUUUAUUGGUUCAUGGUCGGACCAUUAUGGUCGUAAGCCACUUUUGUUGGUAUCAAUGAUAGGUUUUUCUUGUACUUAUGUUAUUGCGGCAGUAAUUUGCGAACUAUCUCGAUAUUAUCCUGUUAAUCCUUGGUAUUAUAUAUUGGCCGUAAUUCCCCACUCCAUACUUGGUGGUAAUUGUGUGUUUUCGGUAGCGGCGUUUUGUUUUAUAUCUGACGUGACAGAUACUAAAACUAGGCCGUACAGAAUGAUUUCUUUGGAAGCGUUUUUAUCAGUUGGUCUUAUGGUGGGUUCAUUACUCUCCAGUUUUGUGUAUGCUGCCACAAGUGCCACCUUUACGUUCUCCUUAUCUGGUAUAUUGAUGUGUUUAGCUACUGCUUACAUAGCAUUAUAUGUUCCGGAAAGCCUACAAUUCAAAUCCAAAGAAUCUGAAUCGACUGAAGUGAAGACCUGUUGCAAUGAACUUACGAUGAAAUGCACAAUAUUAUCAUAUCCAUUGGAAUUGAAGCCAAGUUAUAAUGAACAUGAAAAGAAAAAUAUCGACAAUGAUAAUUUUCGCGAUGUUGAUCUACGAAGAGAUGGUGAAGAAGUAUCAAAAGUAGUAAAAAAUUGUUCGUCGGAGAAGAAAAACAACGAUGGCUAUGAGGCGACUGUGGAACCAAAAACUCCUGGUUUGUUUAGCUACAGACAUGUCAAGGAUAUGUGGAUUACAUGCUUUAAGACACGACCUUAUUAUGACCGCAGCAUAAUUUUAUUAGUUACCGGCACAAUGUUUUUGGCAAUUUUCGUCUUGGAUGGAGCAAUGACAGUAUUUUACUUAUUUGUACGUGAAAAAUUCCAGUGGACAAUAAGAGAAUUUACCUUCUAUGAAACUAUAAGUCACGUUACAUCUGUGUUUGGUGCAUUAAUUGGAUUUUUAAUAAUGCGAAAGGUAUUUCAUUUAUCAGUGGUGACUUUAGCACUAAUUGCCUUUUUAAGUGACAUUAUUCGUAGCGUUAUACAAGGUAUAGCAACGGAACCAUGGCAUUUAUAUGUCGGAAUUGCUGCCGGAGCUUUGAAAGCCGUUGGUGGUCCAAUGUGUCGUACAAUUGUUUCAAAUAUUGUUCCAGCCACAGAUUUAGGUAAAAUCUUCUCAAUUAAAAAUAUUCUACAGUCAAUUGCUCCAUUUUUGGCAGCCCCAUUAUACACAAUCAUUUAUAAAGCAUCUAUAACAUCAUUUCCCGGUUUGUUUAAUAUAUUCAGCGCAAUACUAUAUUUCUUUGCAUUUAUAUUUUUACUAUUUGUUUUACGCUUUAAAUUUAAUAACAGAGAACAUUAUGGUCAAAUAUUAAAAUAAUAAUCCGAUAUCACUGAUGCACAUCCGUUAUUUAUAGAACUUUGUUUUUAGUCAAAUUACUAUUUAGAUUCCGCUUUAGUGAAUAAAACACAUACAAACAAAUUACCAAUUGUAU